UUCAGUAGAACAAGAUGGAUUCCUCUGGCUGAUGGUUUCCCUGUUCUCCUCAAGAAUAUCACAACAGUGUUAAUACAUGUUCUUUGUUACUGAGAAUUUCUUUAUACAGAAAUCCAGAAGAGGUCAGUUAACUGAAAUAUGGCUGCUUUUCAAAACUUCACCCAUUCUCUGGAAGAGACUUUCAAGAAAAUUUUCAUUGAUUAUAUGAACAACUGGCAUAGAAACACCACAAUGAAAGAAAAUGCCUUGAAAGAAAGAGUUGAUGCUGAAAACUUAGAUUAUGUCAUUUUGUAUCUUAUGGUAAUGAUUGGCAUCUUCUCUUUCAUUAUUGUGGCAAUCUUAGUAAGCACAGUGAAAUCAAAGAGACAAGAGCAUUCCAAUGACCCUUAUCAUCAAUACAUUGUGGACGAUUGGGGUGAAAAGCUAAAAAGCCAGAUUCUGUUCCAAGAUGAUCUUAAAUCUAUUGUCCAUGAAAAUUUUGGAGCAAAAGGCAAAGCUAGCCCAUAAUCACUAAAAACUGAAUUAAGAAGUAUUGAGGAACUGGAAUGAGGGGUUAGGUGGUUAUUCCAUAAUGUAGUGGCUUCCAGAUAUGCUAGAACUUGUAUUCUGUGUAUAACUAUAGGAUAUCAGAUUAAGUUAAAUAUUAAGAUUCAAUAUCAACAGGCAGACAAUAACUUUGUUAGUACUAACCAACUAUGCACACAGUCAGAACAAAGCUUUCUAGAUAUCUUCAUCAGCUCAAGAAAUUACAAAGCGGGUUAAAUCAGGGAAGCUAGUUUAUAUUCUGAAAUUCCAGGCAGUUCCUCUUUUAAGAAUGUUUACAAGGUUGAGUGAUUAAAUGAAUAUCCGUGGGAGGAAAUUAUAAAAACAUAUAAAAAUACAUCAAUUGCUUUAUUAAAGAAAAUGAGUGAUGCCACCCAGACACUACAAUAUUCUUUUCAGAGAAACAUUCCACCACCACCACCCCGUUUUUUUUUGCUUCAACUAACCCGCCACUAGAAGAAGCCAGAGGACCAAAACUCUAUCACCACCAACUCUUUCCUGCUUCAUCAAGCUGUGACUGGGCCCAUCCUCCUCAGCGAAACCCCUGGAAUCUCCCAGCCCAGGAACAGGAAAGAAAGCUGCAAUAAGCAUCUCUACCUGCUUAAGGAGCCUG